GUGAGCCGCGUUCGUGAGUAUAGAGCGGCUGCGUAGAGCCAAUGCUUCCGGGUGGCGUGUGGAGUUUUGUUGCCGGGUUACGGCGGUGACAGAAACUGGCGGGGAGAUGCCGGAGAUCGCGAUCCGACAUGUGGUGUCUGCGAGCAGCUCAGACACGACUCACUGCGCCGAGAACCUGCUCAAGGCUGACACCUACCGCAAGUGGAAAGCUGCCCAGCCCGGAGAGAAGCAAGUCUCUGUCAUAUUACAGUUUGAGAAAGAGGAGCAAAUCCACAGCAUUGACAUUGGCAAUGAAGGCUCGGCGUUCGUGGAAGUGCUGGCCGGCAGCUCUGCUUCCUCCAGCGAACAGAACUAUGAGGUGCUGCUGGUCACAUCCUCCUUCAUGUCCCCCUCGGAGAGCAAGAGCGGCACCAACUUGAACCGGGUCCGUAUGUUUGGCUCAGACAAGCUGGUGAAGGCCACAGCCGAGAGGAAGUGGGACCGGGUGAAAAUUGUCUGCACGCAGCCUUAUACCAAGUCCUUGGCAUAUGGCCUUUCCUUUGUGAAGUUCCACUCACCUCCAGAGAACAAUGAGAUCCAUUCCAAAACAGCUUCCCCGAAGGUCACCAAGCUGGGCCAGUUCAAGGUGAAGGAUGACGACAACGGGGCCAGCUCUUUAAAACCUGGUGCUCUCUUCUUCAGCCGUGCCAGCAAACCCCUGGUCUCUCCAGUGAAAGCCUCUCAGAACGACCAGCCUUCACCGAGCUAUGCCGCUGCCUCGCUGCAAACCAGCAUGUCCUGUUCCCCUGACCCUUCGCCAUCACCUGCGGAAAAACCCUCCACCAAACCUUCUCCCAAGGAGCCCACCCCAGUCAAACGGAAGUUUGAAUUCAGCAAGGAAAAUCCUGGCCUCUCAUCUGCAGCCAAGAAGCUUGAUCCCGAAACUUCUCGCCCUGCAAACCCACCCCUCAAGAAACACAAAGCUUCCCCCUCAGCGCCGCCUCCCUCAAAAAUGCCACCUUCCAAGAAGCUUCCACAAACGCAGUCUUCAGAGGGGCCCACAGAUGCAUCUUUCCAACAUCUCCUUCAGGGCACCGUCUUUGUGCUGAGCGGCUUCCAGAACCCCUUCCGUUCGGAGCUGCGAGACAAAGCCCUGGAGAUGGGGGCCAAGUACCGACCGGACUGGACCCCUGACAGCACUCACCUCAUCUGUGCCUUUGCCAACACCCCCAAAUACAGCCAGGUGAAAGGGCUCGGGGGCAUCAUAGUGCGCAAGGAGUGGAUCCUGGACUGCCACCGCACGCGGCGACGCCUGCCCUGCAAACGUUACCUGAUGGACAGCCAAGAAUCCUCCAGCAGUGAAGAGGAGAGCGAAGAAGAAACCCCUACCCGCCACCACAAACCCCCUGCUCAUCGACAGAAAGCCAGUCUGCCCAGCUCCAACCACAAGCUCAAGAUGCCUGCGAACCCCAAAGCAGCACGGACCGUGCAGAGGAAGGGGUCCUCGGAAGAAGAGGAGGAGGAGCCCUCCACGUCCCGGAAUACCAGCAUCCACAACAACUCACAGGCGCCAGCGGCUGACUCGGUGGCUUCCAGCAACGACGAGGGUCCCUCAGGCGUUCAAGACAACGGGGAAGAGGGCUCUGGCGACACAGACGAUGAGCUGAGGAGAGUGGAGGAGGAACACCGCAAAAAGCAGCAAGGAGGCCGGAAACCUGCCCCAGAACCGGAUGACGAUCCUUACGGCGGCUCCACCGACGAGAACACAGACGUUGAGGAAAAGGCAGAGCCUGAUCACCCGAUCCCUGAGUUGCCAGACUUAUUUGGGGGCAAACACUUCUUCCUUUAUGGCGAAUUCCCGUCUCAGGAGCGACGCCUCUUGAAUCGCUUCAUCACGGCUUUUAAUGGGGAAGUGGAGGACUACAUGAACGAGCGGGUCAACUAUGUGAUCACCGCUCAAGAGUGGGACGACACUUUUGAAGAGGCUCUGAACGAGAACGCCAACCUCUCCUUCGUGCGCCCCCGCUGGGUCUACAACUGCAACGAGCGGCAGAAGCUGAUCCCCCACCAGCCCUACGUCGUGGUGCCACGAGUAUAGGACAACCUCCCUGCAGGCUCCCGUCUGUAUAUAACAUGUACUCUCUCCGGAGCAAGCUGUCCCCUCUGCCUCUGGGCCAUUUGACGCAAUGCUCUGUUGCUGCGGUGACCGAGUGGGGGCUCUCCAGCUGUUUCUGGACUACAACUCCCAUCACCCCCACCUCAGUAUGGCAUGGCAGGGGGUGAUGGGAGUUGUAGUCCAGCAACAGCUGGAGAGCCUCCGCUUGGUCACUCCUGCUCAGUUGUUUCCCUUUGGAAUUCUCAGUGUAGUGUCAAGGGCCUGAUCCACCCUGGCGCGCGCUCUCUCUCUCUCUCUCUCUCUCUCUCACACACACACACACACACACACACACACACACACACACACACUCUUGUACAAAUUUGAUGAAAUUUGGCUUCUCAUCACGGAAGUUGAUUUUUAUUUUUUAUUUUUAAUGUUUGAAAUGUUUUCCCUUAGAGGAGCAUAGUCCGUGGGAUGCUCAGGGUGUUUUCCAGCAGAGAACAUUGAUUCCUGAUUCAUUUUGUUUUAAUUUACUGGUGAAGCAUCCAGGAAUCCGUUCACACAUUAGGUCUUUAUUUUACAGACAGGGGCUUUGUUCCUGCAUCUGUAUACACCGCUAAAGACAUGAAGCGGGCCUGGAUGGAAUCCCAAGCCCGUCUUUACCAUUUGGGGUUUCCCGUGUCUGUGUGUGUUACCCAUCGGUACAUUCCACUUUUCCAUAUUUGUGGAAACACCGGAGGGGAAUGGUGUCCAAGCCUGUGGCUAACACCCACUCCUGAGUUGUGUCCACACAUUACAUGCUCCCAUUUAAGCUUGUGUGGACAUGCUCCCGCUAUAUACUCCUCCCCUUAAGAUCUGUAGUCCAAGUCCUUUAGGCAGAGCGAACAGUUCCGCUUCGGACCGCAGCGUUUUUCUGCUGCCCCCCGUGGAGAGUUACCUGCUGGUUCCACGCACCCCUCUUUCUUGCCAUCUGCCCUGCUAGUUUUAUGUCUUUAAAAAAAAAAAUCCUGUCCCUGUAAUAGUAGCCACUUAGGGUGGAUGCCCUACACAGGGGCCAAGCACUCUAAAGGGAAUCCUUGGCUGUGGUGGCGCAGUUCUAUUUUUUCUUAAUCGUGAGAACACGGCAUUGAAUGAAUACAGUAUUUAGCAUUGCUGGCGGAAGGGAGGGGGAAGCAGCCGUGGCCGUUACGCUGGAUGAUGCAUGUGCUGCCUAAUAUUCAAGGGCUUGAAUUGGGUGUGAAUUACUAUUAUCAUCAUCAUCAUCAUUGCUGCCAGACGUUCAGCACAGUGUGACGCCGACGUUAGGGGGCUUCUGGGCACAUGGGAGUCGCUCUUCACGGCGUUGUGCAAGAAUGCCCUUGCUCCCUUGCAACAUUACUCUGUGCUGAAUGUUGGCUACUCCCUGCGAACUCUACCUGUAGAAAGCAGAAGACACUUAACUAAUUUAACUGGACUGGUCCAUUUCAGCAGGGUCCUCUCUCCACUACAUUGUUUUCCUGUCCUCCCUCUUAUCUGGGCAAAGCAGGCUGUCUCUCGCCUCUGGAGGGAAAUGAUAGCAGCUUUCCAGCCAAACCUCCCUAGGAGGAAAGUGCUUUGCUGGAUGGUCCCUGCUUCAAAGUGACUCUGCCCUCCCCACCUUCUUACUGGCUGUGAACUGGACUGAGAGGCCUUGAAUUAUCUACCUCGUUUUUACAGCCAACUUCCUCUCGCCUGCCCCACUGAUUGGUGCUACCUUCAGCGUUAGGGAUCAAGCCAGCAACCCCUUCACUCUCUUCUUCACGUCUGUUCACCCCCGCCAAGGAAUUAAUUCCUCCUGGGAACUCUCUGGCUUUUGGGGAGGUGCAGAUGUCAGGUGCUGUCCUUCUCUCCAGCAAGUUAGUUUCAGUCCCGACCAGUGUCCCCGAAUUCCCAGAUGAUGAUGUUGACUACAACUCCCAGAAUCCCCAGCCGCAAUGGCCUUUGCUGGGGUUGGGGAUUAUGGGAGUUGUGGUCAACAUCUGAGACUCCCUGUUAGAGGGAGCACUGGUCCUUACACCCUUAAAUUUCUUAAUUUUGCUGCUGAAACAAGAGACAAAGCUGCAGAAGCUUCCUCUGCCCCUUCCCCACCCUGUCCUGUAGGGCACACCUGGAAUUUCUUAUUGCAGUUGGUGGGUGGGGAAAAAUUAGGCAAGAGAAGCCACUACUACUGCCUUGACUUCUGCUUCACCAAGAAAUCCAGAGGUGUGGGGGGAUGUCUGGGCUGCAGCCUGACAGCCCCUUGGAAUACAGCGGGGUUUCUCAAACUUGGGCCCCCAGAUGUUAGACUACAACUCUCAUCACCCCUUGCCACAACAGUACUGAGGAUGAUGGGAAUUGUAGUCCAACAUCUGGGGGCCCAUGUUUGAGAACCCCUGGAUCAGCUUUCCUCCAGAGAGGGGAUGCUAUAACUCUAGCUGAUUGUUUGCCCGAUCUUUGCCUACACUGAGAUACCUUGGGACAUUAUGAUGUCCUUCCAAGUGUCUGAUUAAUCCAGGACUAAUGGAGGGUGGGAUGCCCCAAAGGGGAGGUGAGAUUGGGGCAGGGAGGAAAGAGGUGUCAUCUUUUAAAUAAGCUAGUGUGGCUUCUACUCAGAAUAAUUGUAGUUUUAUUUGUACUGAGAAUCCACACCGACCCCUUGCAGCAGGGGGAGGGAGAGAGGGAAGUCCUUAAACCAGAUCACGUUUGUACCGCAGCUCCUGGGGCUCAGGACUCAAGGGCUGACACUUUUCUAUAAAUUGUACCCAUGACCCAGUGCAGUUCUGCCUGGGUGGCCAGAAAUGCCGAGGAUGGCCCAGGGCAAACCUCCUUUGGGGGCUUUAUUCAUGUCUUCUUUUUCUCCUAUCUGGUUUGUUUUUUUAAAAUAAAGCAUUAUAAAACAUGA